UCCCGCGGCGUGUGUUUAGUUGUCCUGAUGUAGCUAACCAAAACUUUCUGUGGUACAUACUAGCAAGAAAUAAACGAACACAGCAGGUCUUUUGGAAGAAAAACCCUCAAAAUCUCACAAUGAGUGACGAUGCGGACUCCCCUCCCGAGAGGGAAAUGAAGGAUUUUCAGUUUCGUCAGAUGAAGAAAGUCAGAGUGUUUGACCCCACCGAAGAUUUGCCAAAAGACAGAUCCAGCCUCCUUGCCAUCUCAAAUAAAUAUGGCUUAACUUUUGUGGGGCUUGACAGAACUCUCAAGGUGUACUUAACUCGAGAUAUUCUGGCUGCUGAUAAAGGUGAUGGCAACUCCAACGAAAUAGUCAAAGGAAUACCAGCACUGACUGAAGUGACCGUGGAACUAAUUUUGCACCACGUGGCUCUCAGUUGUGAUGAGCUCACACUAUCCGUGUGUGGCAUGUCUGAGGAAGCUGGCUUGUCGCUCACAUUCUAUGAUGUCCGCACAUUCAUGAACAAGGGAAAACUACAGAAGCUACCAUUUGCAUCCCACCAGCCAGCUGUAGCACCUGACGUCUUAGUGCAGGACCUGAAGUGGAAUCCUGCGCAGGUGUCUGUGUUGGCUGUCUGCCUCUCUGAUGGCACUAUAAUGAUUUUGGAUGUUACUGACAGUGUCAAUGUGCAGGCCAGGCUGCCUUCUUCAAGUGGAAUUACCUGCAUUUGCUGGAGUCCAAAGGGAAAGCAAGUUGCAGCUGGAAAAUUGGAUGGUACAGUCACACAAUAUACACCAGGACUGGAGGAAAAGAAAGUUAUCCCAUGUCCACAGUUCUUCACCCCUGGCGAAACUGUAAAAGCUGUGGAUGUGCUGUGGCUGAAAACCUAUGUGUUUGCAGUAGCAUAUGCUGCUGGAGAUGGCUCACUUGAGACCCCCCCUGAGCUAGUGUUGAUCUCACUCCCUAAGAAGGAUGAGAAAGUGGAGCCAAAGUUUCUGAACUUUGGUGAAUUUGUUUUUGGAAGCUGUACGGAGCGUCAGCACCACUACUUCCUCAGUCACGUAGAGGACUGGGACCUUGUGUUUGCAGCAUCAGCAGCUUCUAUUGAGGUCAGCGUCAUUGCCAGACAAGACGAUAAGAUGUGGGAAAUUUGGCAACUAGAAGAUUCGAGCAGGGCUGAGCUUCCAGUGACUGAAACAAAUGAAGACACUUUGCCCCUUGGCUUAGCUAUAGACUACACCAGCCAGCAGGAAAUCCACAUAACUGAUGAGAAGACCUUGCCCCCAGCGCCCACAAUGCUAAUGCUUUCCACAGAGGGAUUACUUUGUCCAUUUGCUCUACUCAACCUCAAUCCAGGGGUUAAGCAGCUAGUCGUGGCUCCUUCUAACCUGGCCUUGGAAGGGGAAAGACUUCCCAAACCUGGCUCUUUAGCAACCCAACCACCCAAAAUUGCUGCCUCAAUCCCAUCUGCCCCAGCAGCAUUUCCAAGCCUUGGUCUUACUCCAGCAGCUGCUUCCAGUUCUCCAUCCCCUGCUACUUCUUCUGCCGCUGCACCAUUCAGCAUUGUUCCAAAAGCUCCUGUGUCAUCGGCAGCAUCAGGCUUCACUUUCUCCAUCCCAACUACCUGCUCCACUUCAGGCCCUUCAGCUUUCUCCCUGGGGGGUUCUGCACCUUUUGGCUCAGGGUCAUCCGGCUUCUCUUUUGCUUCAAAACCUCCCUCUGACACUCCCUCUGCACCUUCAGCUUUUUCUUUCAACAACCUUUCUGUCAAACCAUCAGCAGCACCAGGUCUAACUCCUCAGAGUCUUGCUAAACCAUCUGCAGCACCAGGUCUAACUCCUCAGAGUCUUGCUAAACCAUCUGCAGCACCAGGUCUAACUCCUCAGACUCUUGCCACCCCUGCGUCCCAGUCUGCAGUGAAACUGAAUCUAAAUGACAGAUUUUCAACAGUGGAGACUACACAACCUCCUUUCUCCUUUAACUCCCCACUGUCCAAAACGGUUGCCACGACUUCCAGUAGUUUAAAUGCCCCUCCUUCUUUAGCCAGCAAACCAGCAGCUAUUUUAGCUCCAGUGCAUCCAGUUCAAACCAGUGUCUCUCCAGCAGUUGUCCAGAAACCUUCUCCUGCUGUCCAGACCCGUACCCAGGCUCCACAGCAGGCCGGUGUCAGUGUGAAAGCCCUGGAGAAACAGCUGCAGCAAAGGAAAGACUCUGAUCCCAUCAUGGCUGGCAUAUUGGAGGAGAUCGCGCACUUCCAGAAGGAAUUGGAUGACCUUAAGGCACGAAGUGCAAAAGCUGACUUUAAGGUUGGUGCUGAUGAGGAAAUGAAGGAGUUGAGGAAAGAGUCAGAAGACCUCCAUAUUUUCACCCUGGAAAUCAAGGAAACUACAGAGUCACUCCAUGGUGACAUUGGCACACUGAAAACUUCGCUACUGGAAGGCUUUGCUGGGGCAGAAGAAGCCAAGACCCAGAGUGAACUGAGCAAAGACAGAAAUUACAGACAGCUACUUUACAAAAAGCCUCUGGACCCACGCAGUGAGGAACAGCUCAAGGAGAUUCGAAGGCUAUACCAGUAUGUUAUGUUCACUGUGGAGGAUGUUAAUGAUGUCUUGGAUGUGGAAUGGGAGAAACACUUGGAGAAGAAGAAAAAGCAGAAACACAUGGUUGUGCCUGGACGUGAGGGUCUGUUCACUACACUGUCCAACAAUCUGUACAUCAUCAACCAGCAGAAGAACAGACUGGACCAGCUGGUUAAGGAGCUCAAUUCACUACGCCUCUACAGCAAAACAACCACUCCUGCUAUAAGUCCUGUGACAGCAACGACAGCUAGUUUGGAAAAUGACCUUGAGACUUUAAGAGAUGCUCUCCUGAAAACCAGGCUGGACCCUACCCCUUCUAAGACUAUAUCUCCAGCCGUCAAGAUAUCACCAGUUAAACAGUCCCAGCUGCGCAACUUUCUCUCAAAGGGACAGAUGCCUCCUGUCCGCUCAACUGCACCAGCCAACCUAUCUCGCUCAGCCUUCCUUUCACCUAAAUACUACGAGGACUUGGAUGACGCGAGUUCAACAUCUUCCCUGUCCCAGUCCCUGGAGCCUCACCCACCUAACUUAGAGCAAGAAGAAGAGGAGCUGCAGACACGGCCCCCUCCCAUGUCCUCCAUACCUCCAACAUUGUCCACCCCCCGCCACCCUACCGUUGUGAGGACCCCCUCUAUCCAGCCGGGCUUCGGAGCCAUCCAGUCCACCCCUUUAUCUAAAAUUCAGUCAGGACAGGGUAUGGGCUUUGGACUCAGCCCUAUUGCCAGCCCCAUUCCAACAAAUAAGAUCAACCUCAGCGGGGCUGAGAGCACAGCUCUCGCCACAAAGACAGUCAAGCAUGGAGCUCCACCAACCGAGAGGACCGCACCCAUCACCAUCUCUGCCCAGCAGGCUGCAGCCACUGCUGCUUUACGCAGGCAGAUGGCCAGUCAGUUGGCUGUGAUCAAUACUUCACUGACAGAGUCCACCUUGAAGACUGUUCCUCAGGUGGUCAAUGUUCAGGAGUUCAAGGACAAGGGGACUCCUGUGGUGGUUCCUUCCAACAUCAGCUCCUCGGUACCAGAUCCAGGAUCUCAGGUCUUUGCAACAGUUUCUUCCAGUCAAGCCAAACGGAAUCCUGUCCAGGGUGUCCAAAAAAUGCCUGCAGAGACUACAACCAUCCCACAGAGCAGUUUUGUUUUUGGUCAGCCGUCCAAAACUGAUGCUUCUGUUGCUCCUCCUAGCUCAGCUGAGCAAACCAGCAGCAAGGGUUUUUCUUUCAAUUCAGUGUCCUCAAGCUUCAGUUUUGCUUCAGUUACACCAGGAGCUGGAAUGCCACAAGUGAAAGAUGCAAGUAAAUUCUCUUUUGGUGGAAAUGGUAAGAUGGUUUUUGGCCAGGCUGGAGAAGAGUCAUUCUCCUUUACCUCAAAGUCCACCUCCCCUGGUCUUGGCACUGGGUCUCCCACUUUGGCUCCAAACGCAACAGUUGAAGGUGCUAAACCCACCUCGACCACAGCCGCUCUGAGGAUAGAGCCACAGCCUCCAAAGACAGCUGGUGGCGAGACUCUGGGCAUUUUUUCUGGACUAAGGGUGGGCCAAGGAGAAGAAGCUAAAGAUUCCUCCACCAAACCUGCUGUGGCACCAUUUACAUUUGCGGACACUGGACUUGGCAAGGGCAAGGGAGCGACACAGUUUAGUUUUGGAACAGGUCUUCCAAAACCUGGAGAAGAUUCUUCAGCACCAGACUUGUCCGAAGGGACCCCGUCAGGCAGUCUGUUUAAGCCUCCUGAAUCAAACGCCAAGCCAGCCUUCUCCGUUCCACAGUCUGGCUCCGCCAGCUCAGCUUUCCCCUCAUCUUUCAGUAGUCUUCUUGCAGCCGCACCAGAGACACAAGAAGAACCAAAAGCUGUUCCUCAGUCUUCAGUACCUGCUUCGCCCCCUAUAAAAGAACCUCCCACCAGUGAACCUGAAGUAGAGACCACCAGUCGUCCUGUGAUACCUGAACCUGCAGCACCUGCAACCACCCAGACCCCUGCAGUGUCAACACCUGCUCCUGCUUUGGCCACACCUGCCCCUACCCCAGACCCUCCCUCGACUUUCACUGCACCAAAAGAAGUAAACCCUCCAGCACCAUCCAGUGCCCUGUCCACAACAGAAACCACCCCAGAGCCAUCUACCACUGCUACUCUACCCUCUUCAACUGCUGCCACCGCAGCACCUGUAUCUCAGGCAGCACCUGUAUCUCAGGCAGCACCUGUAUCUCAGGCAGCUCCACCAGCAUUCCAGAUCCCCACGUCUGACAAGCCAGGCUCCAUUUUUACUCAGCCCGCUCCUGCAACUACAGACAGUAGUUCUGUCGGAGUCACACCAGUUAUCAACACAGCUGCCCCAGCUGCAGCUACUCAAACCUCUACCAUUGUUAGUAGUGCAACAGUGACUGCUGUGAAUAACGUGUUUGGGCAACCUGCUGCACCUCCAGCUUCCUCGGUGCCAGCAUCAACAGGAUUCAGCUCAGCCGGGUUUGGUACAUCAACUGGUUUUGGCAAAUCUGUGUUUGGCCAGGUUAGUGGCUUCGGCCAGCCUGCAAGCAACACUGGAACAUCGAGUGGAUUUACUUUUGGACAGUCUGCAUUUGGAGCGACUUCUAGUAGUGCAACUACUGGCGGAAGUCUUUUCGGUGCUUCUACUGCUACCAAUGCAAGUUCUUUCUCCUUCGGGACGAGCGGUGCUAACACAGUAAGCAGCACUGGCACUGGGCUGUUUGCACAAAGCACAAACCAGGUUUUUGGCCAAAGCUCUGGAUUUGGACAGGGAUCUGUGUUUGGGAGUAACACCACCACAUCCUCAUCUUCAGGAUUCAGCUUUGGACAACCGUCAGGUUUUGGCUGCUCUUCUGCCAACCCUGUGUUCGGCCAGCAGUCUAGCAGUGGAUUUGGACAGCAGCAGCCGUCAUCUGGGAGUCUCUUUGGUUCCAGUUCAGCCAAUGCAGCAGUCUCAUCUGGGAGUCUCUUUGGUUCAAGUUCAGCCAAUACAGCAGUCUCAUCUGGUGGUGGAGGAUUUUUCAGCGGCCUAGGAGGCAAACCAAGCGAGGACGCUGCCAACAAGAAUCCAUUUGGCACCACUUCCUCCACUGGAGUGUUUGGACAGUCUAGUCAGACAGGUACCAACAGUCUCUUCGGUAAUAGUGGUGCCAAGACCUUCAACUUUGGACAGUCCUCCUUUGGGGAGCAGAAACCUACAGGGACCUUCAGCACUGGUGCUGGAAGUGUGGCAUCCCAGGGCUUUGGCUCAUUCUCUACACCAUCAAAACCAGGUGGCUUUGGCAGUGCUCCGGUGUUUGGGAGUCCUCCUUCUUUUGGGGGUUCCCCAGCAUUUGGUGCUGGAGCAUCUUUUGGCUCAAGCCCUUCAUUCAGCAGCCCCAUUGGAUCAUCGGCUGGCAAAGUGUUCGGAGAGGGCACAGCGGCUGCCAACAUGGGAGGAUUUGGUAUCACAACCUCAGCACCUGCUCCGGUUUUCAGGUUUGCCCCACCUCCUAGCACACCGUCCUUUGGUGCGCUAGCCGGUCAGAGCGCUCCAUCAUUCGGGAGCCUGGCCCAGCAGGGACCUGGGUUUGGAAGUCAGCCCAGCAGCUUCUCAGGUUUUGGACAACAGCCACAGCCAGGAGGAUUCUCUGGAAACACCUUUGGGUCUGCAAACCAAUCAAAUUCUCAAACAUUUUCCAGUUGGAGAAGCUAGUUUUUGUCUUUUAAACCACCUUGAGCUACUGUAGAUGCCACUGCGACAUUUCUUCUUCUUCACUUAAAGCUCUCUGGGCCAUACAUUGGGAGAAGCGCAAGGCUGCAUUGCGUUUGGGUUGGCUGCUCAUAGAGCAGACACAUGUUAUAACUUCUUGUGAUCUUAAUAUUUUUCUUGGACACAGUUGAAUCAAGUUUUGACAUGUUUACAAGUAAAGAGUGUAUGGUUGUCUUCAUUGUCACAAUAUACACACAUCCAGGGUUGUUGCCUUACAAGUACAAUUUUUGCACUUUGAAAACAUGACUUAAAAAAAAAAACCCUGAGCUUUACUUUUAAACCUUUCACUCUUUAACUUUGUAAAGCUGUUAAAAAAACAUCCAGUCUACUUUUACAUUGCUGCCAAUGCAGACUUUGACAGAUUAGGUAUGUGUGAAAAAUGCAAAACUUGGAGGUGUGUAUUUAAUAGCAAAAACUGAUUUUAAAUUUUGACUUGUUGAAAUAAGACGUUAAAAAAUUGUUUUUUGUUUUGUUUUUCCCACCACUAAAUCCAUCCCUCGGAUGUGUAUUUUUACAUGGAAAACUAAGAAUAAAUCAAAUAUUUCAAGUUU